GCCAUUUUUAGGGCAGUAAGAUCAGUAAGAACAAGAGAACAAGUGAACUCGAGGAUUGAGAUCCCUCGAAAUACCAUCUGCAAUCCUCCCUGCCUCUCCCCCCUUAUCUCCUAACACCAUAUAGCAGGGAAUAUAAGAACACUAGGGAAUUGCAGCCAUGAGUGAAGUAACAGCUGAAGAACCAAAGCCCAAGGCUGCUGGGAGUGAACCAAACACAGCUCCGUCUACUACAGGAGAAGUAGAGAGGAAAGUACUGGCAACUAAAGUACAGGGAACAGUGAAAUGGUUCAACGUGAGAAACGGCUAUGGAUUCAUAAACCGGAAUGACACUAAAGAAGAUGUCUUUGUCCACCAGACAGCAAUCAAGAAAAAUAAUCCUCGCAAAUACCUGCGGAGCGUAGGGGAUGGAGAGGUGGUGGAGUUUGAUGUUGUUGCUGGGGAAAAGGGUGCCGAGGCAGCUAAUGUAACAGGCCCGAAAGGAGCUCCCGUCCAAGGAAGUCGAUAUGCUGCCGACAGGCGCAGAUACCGCCGUGGGUACUAUGGACGCAGAAGGGGACCUCCAAGAGAGGGAGGAGAUGAAGAAAUAAAAGAUGAUGCUCCUGAAGCAGCUCAGCCCCAGCAACCAAUUCGCCAACCUACCAACUACCGAGGAAGGUAUCGCCGACCUGUGUCUCAACCCAGAUCUUCUCUACCUACUGGAGAAAAUGAAAAUAAAGAAAACCAACUUGAGACAGGGGCUCUAGAACAACAGAACCGUCGUGGUUUCAGAAGACCAUACAAUUAUCGUCGUCGCCCUAAUCAGGCAAAUGCUCCAACACCGGGGGGCAAGGAAACAACAAAGCCGGCUGAAAGCACAGCUGAGAAACCUGUGCCAGUGGUUGAGAAAAGCAAUGCUGUGUAACCCGAGUGACUCCAUCGACCAUCAUGUAAGUGAGAAGGUGUGUUCCUCUUUGGCAGGUUGUGAGCAGAGGGAAUGUGAAUAUUCAAAGUGGCCACUUACCAGAACUAAUUCAGAAAAUUCUGCAAUUGCCUAAUACCUAGGAGGGAGAUGGACUACAACUUUACUGCUCAGCUUGCCUGCUCCUGAUUUCUACACUGUAAACUUUGUACCCAGUGGUACUACCAGUGGAAUCCUUAACUUGUUAUUACAGCCAGAAAACAACUGCAUUUAUGUGGACUAUAAGCAGACAGGAAGACAGUCUGUUAUUACACAUUUACUACUAAGCAAAUCUUAAUACAGACAUCUUCUGCUCGGAAAUUAUAUACAAGACAUACAAAUUAUUUUUAUUGAUGAAUAUAGUACAGUUGCUGCAGCAAAUUUAAAUCUUGCUUAAAGGAAAGAAUGGUUAAAUGUAACACAAAAAACACAAAAACCUCCUCUCCUAGCCAUUGCACGUCUGAUGACAUCAUAGGCCAUACACUGACCUUGGUUCACAGAUACAUUACUGGCAUGUUUGUUUAAUGCACAAGUCAAACACAACCCCUCGAUGCCUUUGCAAUAAAAUCAAUAGAUGUGGAACAACAAAAAAA